AAAAAGAUAGGUGUAUGCAUGCAUGCAUAUAAUUAGAAAUGGGUCGGAAUAAGCUUCCCAUGAAAAGAAUUGAGAACAACACAAGCAGAUUGGUCACCUUUUGCAAACGUAGAAAUGGACUCAUUAAGAAAGCUUAUGAGCUUUCCGUUUUAUGCGAUAUUGAUAUCGCCCUUAUCAUGUUUUCUCCAUCCGGUCGCCUCAACCAUUUCUCCUGCAAAAGGAGAACCGAAGACGUACUCAAUAGAUUUGUAAAUCUUUCCGAUUCCGAAAGAGGAAGUGUGAUUCAACAUAGAGAGUAUUUAAACAGCCUCCUAAGCAAGAUCAGGAGUGAAAAUGAUUUAGCCAUCCACGUUCCUUGUCCCAGAGCAAUCCACAUGCAAUCUGAGGAAAUUCAUCAAGAGAUUAGCACCUUACAACAACAACUUCAUAUGGCCAAGGAACAAUUAAGGAUGUUUGAUCCGGAUCCAACAACUUUUACAUCGCUUUACGACUAUGAAUCAUACGAGAAGUUACUUUAUAAAACGUUGGAUCGGGUUACACAACGUAAGGAAUAUAUGUUGAGUAACCAAACCCCUGCAUACCAUCCAAGAGCAUUGCAGGGAGAAAGUUCAUCAAAGGACAAUGAUAUCAGUUGUUGGCCAGAAAACGUGUGUUAUGAUACAAAUCGAAUCAAUGAACAAAACCACCCAACAAUGUUUGCCCCGUGUUCGCCAGAGAACACAUUUGAAGCAACGAGGAACCAAUUGUCAAAUGCCAUAUUUGACCCAUUGCCAAAAUCAACUAUGAAUGUGGAGCCACAAAACAUUGAAGGGUUUCAAGGUUGCAACCAAGAGAGCCUUCAACAAUGGCAACAGUCAACAGAUGAGCUUCUAUCCUCUCUUAUGACUCAUGAUGUCACUUUCUCUCUCACCAAGGUUCUUCACAUCUAA